CAUGCCACCCCCCACCCACGGUCGCGCGUCGUCGUCAGCCCGCGUGAAAUUUCUGCGUUUUCUCGUGGGAAUUCCACAAAAAUUCAUGAAUUUCUCGGCCAAGUGAAUGCAAAUCGGUGAAUUUUUUGCAGGUGCAUCGUACCCGCCAUGCGAGGGGGCUGGGUCCACUCCCCAACCGGCCAUCCCGCACUCGAGUUGCGUCGAUGCUGCAUCCGUCCUCCGCGCUCGUCUGCGCUCUAGCGAUCGCCACGACCACCCAAGCGUCGUUGGCGCCGUGCGACUCGAGCAAGAUUGCGCUGGCGGUCGUCCCGACGUACGACACCCCGGACGCGACUGCAUGCGCGACCGCCACAUUGAGCGGCCGGCCCUUCAACUCGUUGUUCGAAACAACUCCUGCAUCCACUGACACGAUCAAGGCCAUGGCCGCCAACCCGCGCUGCCAAGCAUGGUUCUCGAACGUGGCUUCCAUCUUCGUCGGCAUGAGCGCAUGUUCGUUCCUCGGGCGCAACAUCCAAGAGUACGGCAAGCUCACGCUGACCGAGUUUCUCGAGGCGAAUAACAAAGAGAUCCAGAGCUUCGACCCGUCGCGCACGGAGCCACCGACCACGGACGGUCCCUCGACGACCUUGGCACCGAACAACGUCGUCGACGCCUCCACCGCUCCCCAAACCACAACGGCCCCGACAACGUCAAAACCCUCGUCCGCUGCUUCCAUCGUGCUGACGGCGGCAGCCGCUGCCGUCUCCUCCGCUCUCUUCUUUGCAUAGUCGUUCACUUUGCGCCCAACCCACGCGUUCUUCCAGUCCAUCUCGAUUUCGCCGCUUUCGUGCCGCUCCAGUGUAGAGUGCCAUCCACGAGAAAAUAGCACGUCCCAUUUGCUGUCUAGA